AUGGUGAUUAUCGAUCGAUCAGGGCAGAACGACACGCACUUCCAGGAGAAUUCUCUAGACGUAGUUUUGCUGGCUACACAGAGAGGGCACAGUUUGAGGAGCAUGUUGCGGGGGUUGUCAUUGCACUGUGCUUCCUCAAAGCUCACUCCCCCAUCACUCUGGCCUUCAAAGAAGAAAAGCCAUUCGAUCUCUCGCAAUAACGCCUCUUUUGCCUCCACCGCUACCUCCUCAUCUAAAGACUCCAACUCCUCCUGCCUUCGGUCCACCCCCUGCUCUGUCCUCCCCCCUCCGACUGGCAAGACUCCCUCCUCCUCCAGAUCCGAUGACCUCUGGCUCCUCUCCCCUGCCUCCUCCUCCAUCUCCAACCUCUUCAUCAUUUUCAACCGUGACGGUGACGGCAAGAUCAUGCCACACGAGCUGGAAGCCAUCCUCUGCCAUCUUCAUGGUGCCAAUCCACCCACCAAGGAAGAGUUAGCAUCGAUGGUGGUGGAGGUCAACCGCGACGACAAUGGGUGCAUCAGCUUGGAGUUUGGUGCGAUCGAAACAACCUUCAGGCUGCUAGAGGGGGCGGAGCUCUGGGAGGCCUUCGCUAUCUUUGACGCCAACAAUGAUGGCAAGAUCUCGAUAGAGGAAUUGCUCAGGAUGUUCAACACACUGAGGGACGAAGGGUGUACACUCGAGGAUUGUCGUGGGGGACUGACGAGAGAGAGGGUGAUGCCCAGCUGUAGCACUGUUUUCCAUUCGAGUUGUACGGAUAAGAAGGGCAAGCCAAUGAGCGCCGUGGUCAGGAGAAUUUUUUUAGACGUGCUUGGAAGUGAGGGUCUAGAGCAGUCUGACCCUAAUGACCAUCUAUCUCAGGUCUUGGGAUCUGAGCACUUUGGGAGGAUUCAUUGUAAGCCCAAAUGUACACCGACUAGCUAUUGGUCUGAUGCGAGCAUCUCCUCAUACACUUUCGGGGUCAUCAUUCGGAAGCAACUUGAUGAGGCCUUGGCACAGGCAGCUCUAGCUCAAAAGUGUGCAUCUUAG